AUGUUCCCGAUUACAACGACGAUUGACUCCUCCAGCCCUCUCAUCGACUAUCAGCCGAAUACGCAGGUGUGGCGACGGGGCGGGUGGGAGGGAGACAAGUUUGCGUCCAAGUAUCAGGAUGGCACCUUCAUGUACUGCAUCAAUGCCACCGGGGCAACGGCAACCUUCAACUUUACAGGUACCGAAGUACAUAUCUACGGCGCCUAUAGGUACAACUCUGGUCCCUACACGCGAGUAUCCUUUCGUUCGUCGACGAGGGCACAGAUAACAUCUGACAGUGUAACCAUCGACGGUGUCAAGUCCGACUACUUUCGCGCCAAUGGUAGUGCUCCCGCUGCGAAUGACGAUCAGCAGCUCUUCCAGGUCGAGCUCUAUGGCAUAGACGACUUGGAGCCGGGGACGCACGAGGUCAUCGUCACGAAUGAAUGGGCGAAUGCGCCGAUGCGGAAGGCAGGACUGGACCACGUCGACAUUGACUACGUCACCUUUUCCUCGUCCGUAGAAUCGAACUUAAGCUCGACAGUUCAAACGGAGGACGCUGGGUACUUCUCGUUCGCCCCGCAGGACGCAUGGAUGAAUGUCCUUGGAGAUGAGUUCAAUGAAGGCGGCGAACAGUGGGCUCGUCUCAUACUCGCCCAACUUCUCGAUAUUGACCAUUCAACAAGCCUGGCGAUGAGUACUAGUGCCACUGUAUCCCUCAAGUUCAAAGGCGAUCGCGUCGCCCUUUACGGUGCCUACGGCCAAGGCUACUCGCCUUACAGCGCUCAACUCGACGACGGACCCACAUACACGCUCAACGCCAGCCGCACAGACGAGCCCAUGUAUCAGCAGUUGCUCUUCAAGGCCGAUUCACUGGAUGCGAAUACCGAGCACAACCUCACUUUGGCCUCGCUGUCGGAUCUCAAGUUCUCUGUGGACUACGCCGAAGUGGACACGGACAGCAAUCCAGUCAAUCCCCACGUCGACCAGCUUGUCUCCUGGAUCCGCAAGCAUAGUCAAUCACAAGACGGCUCAAAAGAGCGGAUCCACUUCGACAGUAUCGACAUCAACUUCGGCCACCAGCGACUCGGACACGCCGACAGCAAUUUCCACGCCCAACUGAGCUCCGCGCAAGCAGGCGGAAUCGCAGCUGGCUCCGUUCUGGGCGCCGCUGCCCUCCUGCUCAUCGGCUUCCUCCUCUGGCGCCAGGCCAGGAAGCACAAGAAAUCCUCCACCCCACCUCCUAGCCCCGCACCCGAACGCCCCGACCCUCAGUUCAUCCCCUAUGCGCCGCCUGCAUCUUCAACGGACCACUUCAUGCUUGCCCCGCCCCCUUCUGCGGGCCCUACGAUUUCAUCCCUGUCGUCACGGUUUCUUCCGGGGUCUAGCGUCUCGUACUCUCAAAGCGCGUACGCCCAGAGAUCGCGUGGCCUUCCGUCUGAGCCUGAGCCUCUCCAUUACACGCGCAUUUGA